UGUACAGCUCCUGAUACGGUACUGAAAACAUAAGGUGAGAAUGGCCAAGAAGAAAAUAAGUAAUCAACUGAUCAAAGAGCUCUGCAAAUAUAUAAAACCCUCUAUCUUUUUGUUUGGUUUUCUUUAUCAAUUCUCUCCUAACAAGAGAUAGAGAGUGAAAGGGUUGGAGGAAGAUAAAGAUUUCUGGGCCUUCCGGUGAGUAGUUACUCAGAUCUCGCCGACAUUGACUCAGUCCUCCGGUAACUAUUCGCCUGAAAUGAACAGAGAAUUACAUUAAAAGAGAGAGAGACAUACCUUUGCCGGGAAAAGAGAAGCAAGCUGAGGACAAUUUUGGCUCCUCUGCUUGGGUAAACGCAAAAUAAUGGAUUCCGGCAAACCUGAAGGAAAUGAAGUCCAUGUUCAAGGUGGUUCUUGGAUUCCGGCGACACCCAUGAAGCCCAUUCUACCAAAACCGCCGCUGCAGCCGCUGAUCUAUGCAAGGAUGGACCGGAAUCAACCAAGGCCGCACUGGUUGGGAUCGGAGAGACUCUCCUCCGGCUCUACCAACGAAGCUGAAGCCAGCAGUGGAGUUGCAUGUUACGGUGGAGCUAAUUCCAUGGGAGCUAAUGGUUCUUACGUCUGGGAAGCAGCUUCAGCUGGGCAAUUCCAAGUACCCAGUGAUGAUAAUGGAACAGUGGCGAUGAAUUCUAUUGAAGCAUUGGGGGGCAUACCUUUUUUGCAGCUAAUGGCACUGGCAGAUGCGGCUACUACUGUGGGUGCUGAUGCCGCAUUGGGUGGCAAUUCAAGCGAUCUAUUCGAUUAUGGGUCCAGCUCUCAAAUUGGAUUGGAGUUUAGCUCUAUGAAGGGUCGUCUCAAUGGCAGCUGCAUACCUGAAGCCGCAGGGUAUGAAAUAUCUGAUCGUUGCCAGCAUGCUUAUGACCUCAAUUUUCCAUCUGGGACAGAGUCAAAUGCAGCUGCUAUUAGAAUCACCUCCCAGUUUGCACCUCCGACACCAGAUAUGGGCAAGAGUAAAUAUACCGAAAUGGCGGCAGAAGUACAGCAGCUACCAACUGAAAACAUCAGAGAUGAGAGAGAACAGAACCACAACUGUGAUAAUUCAAUAACAAUUGAUGGUGAGAACCUGAGCAAAGAUAAAGAACUUCUUGAACCUGCAAUACAUUCAACAAUUACUGUUACAUGUACCCCAGAUGGAAAAGAAGGUAUGCAUACUGUUAACCUGAACCAAACACCAGCACAAAGACAGAGAAGGAGAAAACACAGACCUAAGGUUAUAAUUGAAGGAAAAACUAAAAGAACAAGACCAAACUCAAAGACCCCUGGUUCCAAUCCAAGUUCGAGAAAGCGUGUCAGGAAAAGUGGACCCAGUAAGCCUUCAGCAACUCCCCUAAUAGAAGUAACAGGUGAAACCUCAGACCAAGAAGUGCUUAAGCCUAAGAUGAAGUCAUGCAAAAGGGCCAUAAAUUUUGACUCUCAUGCCCAUACAAGAGAUGAAAGCACUUUGUGCAGAUCAUUCAAUUCAGGCCCACUGGAACAAGAUUCACUCACCCAGAACAUUGAAUCAACUACAGGACUUGUGGAAGUGAGGCUUGAAGAAGUAGGCUCUUCCAGUGAUCCAAACUGGUCCAUGAAUCAAAUUCUAAAAAGCUACAAGUCUUUGCCUGAAAAACAAGCCUCGUCAGCUGGAAUUUCAGCUGUACAUAGUUCUCCUGAGAGAAGACUGCCUACAAACAACCAAAUUGAGAACAAUACAGAACAAAAUGAUAAAGUAAUUUCCAGUUCUGAAAAAGGAAACAUGGUAGAAACCAUGCUCAAUGAUGAUAAUCAAUCAUUACCAAGAAGUCCAAAUGGUCUUAUCUCCUGCACGAACUCCACUUUGACUGAGAAGGUGCAAGCACCUUGUUGCCAGAGAAAACGUUCUCAGACCAUCAAACAAGCAGAUGGCGGGAGCAUAAAUUUAACAGGGGCCCAUUACAAUACAUUAUCUGCAUAUCAGUCGAUGUCCUGGAUUCAUUUUCCCCAUAUUUACAAGAAAAAAAGAACUGAGAAGGGGCAGAACCCAGUCACAUCUAGUGCAUUUACUUGUGCGACUGCAGCAACACAUUUCAUGGGGCCAGAAAGUGCAUGCUCUAUCAAUGAUCCCCAGAAAAAUCACAUGUUAUCAAAAUCCAACCACUGCUGGAUAGCUGGAACUCAGUUAAAUACUUGUAAAAGUAAAACUGCAGCUGCACGUGGAGGAAAGGACCUUCUGGAUGAGUUGCAAAUAUAUGGAAGUAUCACGGCUUUAGGUCAGACUGAGAGAACGAAAAAAAGACCCAGAACAACCAAACGACUGCGUGACUUGGCUCCACCAGCAAGACUUGCUGAUUGUGAGAGAGAGCCAAUACAUCCAACUAAUCGACCUCCCGUGGAACAUGCUGAAAAAAACAUCAAUACAUCUCGACCAUGCAUAAAUGCACUAUUCGAGAAGUUGCAUGGAACAGUGGCAAAGAAGAAACGAAGCAAGAAGAACUUUCCUACAAAUUCAGCACUUCUCAAUAUGAAUAAAGGUCUUCAGGACAGCAGAUUUGUAUCCUUCAAUCCUUACCAAUUCUUUCCCAAAACAUUAGGCACUACUUCAGAACAUGGCAAUCAAAUGUGCUUUAUUGAUGCCAUAGUUGAACAAUUAAAGCAUCUAGACAUCAACAAGGAAAGCAACAAUUUUGUAUACACAGAGGAAGCACUCGUACCUUAUAACAUGCAUAAUCAGGAGCAGAAUGCCAUUGUCAUUUAUGGAAGAGAUGGAACUAUUGUGCCAUUUAAUCCUAUAAAGAAACGACGCCCACGGCCUAAAGUCGAGCUUGAUGAAGAGACUGGUAGAGUAUGGAAGCUUCUGAUGGGAAAUAUAAACAGCGAAGGCAUUGAUGGAACAGAUGAAGAAAAGAUCAAAUGGUGGGAAGAAGAGAGGAGGGUGUUUAGAGGGCGAGCAGAUUCAUUUAUUGCUCGGAUGCAUCUUGUUCAAGGAGACAGGCGCUUCUCUCAAUGGAAGGGAUCUGUUGUGGACUCCGUGGUUGGAGUAUUCCUGACUCAGAAUGUCUCAGAUCACCUUUCUAGCUCUGCCUUCAUGUCUCUUGCUGCACGCUUUCCUCCUAAGCCAAAGUAUCACCAAGCAUGCUAUCAAGAGCCAAUUAUAGAGUUGGAUGAACCGGAAGAAUACAUGUUGAAUUUAGAGGAUGACAUGAAAUUGAGCAAACAUAUAAUGCUCCAACAAAUAAGUGAAGAGGGCUCCUUGAUGAAAAAUGAAAUGGAAAAAGGUGAAGGACAAAUAAUUCUUGACAACAAUGAAUCUUCCGGAAGUAAUGCUGAGGGUGUGAGCUCAAACAAGGAACCAGAAAAUAAAAUUUUUAGUUCAUCUCAUAACACUCCUGAGACAUGUAACAAUUAUGUGGGAGAAAUAUCAUUGACUGGAACCAGCACUAUGCAAGCGUGUUUCUCUGGAGAGAGAGAAACAUUUGAUUUAUUCUCAUUUCAAGACUGCUUGGAUUCAUCAAUUUCUCAAACCAGUGAGAGCAUUGAACCAUCCUUGGAAGGCAACUCAAAAAAUCUACCAAGCUGUUCCAAAGAGGCACAGGUAGACUCUUCAUCAGAGGGGCUUAUGCAGAUGGCUGGACUAAAUACUUUAAAUGCUCAUUUCACUAUUGAUACUUCUGUUGAUCAGUCAGAAAACACCAACAACAACAAAUUAGCGGGAAAGAAGCGUGACGAUGGAAUAGAAGACACUUUCCAACCAGAUGAUCAUGAAAUAGCCGUAAAAGAUUCUGCCAAUCAUUUGAGUGGCUAUCAAAUGCAGAUAAACCACACCUCGGAAUCAUUGGAGGAUGACUGCUGUCAGACGUGCAAUGGAGUUCAAACUUCUUAUGUUUGCCAGAACAAGGACGAACAUUUUCAGUCUGAACAAAGUACACUGACUGUUGAAUCCGACAAUCGUACCAAUGUUGAAAUAGAACUAGAUAUCCAUGAAGCUCCAUUAUCUAGUAGUGAAUUAAGCAUCAAUGUAAAGGAGCCAAGUUUGACCUUACAGUCUCAAGGCAGUGUGAUUGAAGACCCUCAAAAUGUUGAAUCGCCAGCAGAAUGUACAAAUAAUCUGCAUGAAAUUCCACCAAAUUUUUUGCCAACUCCUACAGAAAUAGCAACACAGUCAAAUCCAAAGGACUAUGAUCAUUCAUUUAGCAAGGAGUUCAAAGAGAUGAAACCUGCUACUUCAAGAAAACAAGUUGGAAAGGAGAGAGAAGGUAACAUUAAGUGGGACCACUUGAGAAAACAGGCAGUGGCCAAUGGAAAGACGCAACAGAGAACUGAAAAUACAAUGGACUCAUUGGAUUGGGAAGCUGUAAGAUGUGCUGAUGUGAAAGAGAUUGCAGACGCCAUCAGAGAACGGGGCAUGAACAACAUGCUUGCUGAACGAAUCAAGGAUUUUCUAAACCGAUUGGUGAAAGAUCAUGGGAGCAUUGAUCUCGAAUGGUUAAGGGAUGUUGCACCAGACCAAGCAAAAGAAUAUCUACUAAGCUUCAGAGGAUUGGGACUAAAAAGCGUGGAGUGUGUGCGACUUCUUACUCUUCAUCAUCUUGCCUUCCCAGUGGACACGAAUGUUGGACGUAUUGCUGUACGACUGGGAUGGGUACCCCUUCAACCACUACCAGAAUCCCUACAGUUGCAUCUUCUAGAAUUGUACCCUGUGUUGGAGUCAAUCCAGAAGUAUCUCUGGCCUCGGCUUUGCAAGCUUGACCAGAGAACACUGUAUGAGCUGCACUACCAAAUGAUUACGUUCGGAAAGGUCUUUUGUACAAAAAGUAAACCAAAUUGUAAUGCUUGUCCAAUGAGAGGAGAAUGUAGGCACUUUGCUAGCGCAUUUGCAAGUGCAAGGCUUGGCCUUCCAGCACCAGAAGAUAAAAGAAUAGUCAGUACUACUGAACGCAGAGAACCUAACGAUAGUCAAGCUGGAAUCAUUGACCAACCAUUGCUGUCCCUCCCUCCCUCAACAGUAUCAUCUGAAGAGAUCAAACCAUCCGAAUUAAGCCAUCAAUCUGAUGAGAAGGUUAGAAUUGGCACAUGCGUACCCAUUAUUGAAGAACCAGCAACACCAGAGCAAGAAAGCACCGCACAAGCUUCAAUCAGCGACAUUGAGGAUGCCUUCCUCGAAGAGCCUGGUGAAAUUCCUACAAUAAAACUAAACAUUGAGGAGUUCUCACAAAAUCUACAGAACUACGUUCAAAAGAAUAUGGAACUUCAAGAAGGCGACAUGUCAAAAGCCUUAAUUGCACUGACUCCAGAAGCUGCAUCAAUUCCCAUGCCCAAACUUAAGAAUUUCAGCCGGCUACGAACAGAGCACCAAGUGUAUGAACUGCCAGAUUCCCACCCUCUUCUUGAAAAGUUGAAAUUGGAUAGAAGAGAACCAGAUGAUCCUUGCUCAUACCUUUUGGCUAUAUGGACACCAGGUGAAACAGCAAAUUCCAUUCAACUACCAGAAAAAAAGUGCAGUAAUCAAGAACUCCAUCAAUUGUGUCAUGAGGCCGAGUGCUUCUCGUGCAACAGUGUCAGAGAAGCUAAGUCCCACAUGGUUCGAGGGACUAUUUUGGUACCAUGUCGAACAGCAAUGAGAGGAAGCUUUCCACUGAAUGGUACCUACUUUCAAGUCAAUGAGGUGUUUGCAGAUCACGAUUCAAGCCUCAACCCAAUAGAUGUUCCUAGGGACUGGAUAUGGAAUCUGCCUAGGCGCACCGUGUACUUUGGGACCUCCAUACCAACAAUAUUUAAAGGUUUAUCUACACAAGGCAUCCAACACUGUUUCUGGAGAGGAUACGUCUGUGUAAGAGGUUUUGAUCAAAAAUCAAGGGCGCCCCGACCUUUGAUGGCCAGGCUUCAUUUCCCAGCCAGCAAAUUGAACAGAGGAAGAGGUAAGGCAGAGAAUCAGUAAGAGGAGGAGAAGCCCAAACCAGGGCAGCAAGAACAACAUAGCAGUAAGAAAAGAUCAACAUUUAGUGACACACCAUCCAACUCAUCACAAAUAAGUUAGUAUCCAUUUGUAAAUUCGUGUUUGACACAUGAUUAACAAGAUUAGAAUUAGUCAUUUCAAGCUCAAAUAUGGACCAUUCAUAUAAAAAUAGCGACCAACACUAACCAUGAGAUAUUUACUAAUUUCUCAACCCUAGAUGUGAGAUACCAGGUUAAAUAGCAAACUGCAGAUUACAGCGGACUUUUAACCAAGGAGGCUGAAAUUUUUCUGAAGAA